ACAAUGUUUCGCUGCAAGUUAUUGUUUGGAGCAGCAUCACCAGUGUCCCAGCAUCGUCAUCAUCACCAUCAUCAGCAUCAGCUUCGGUUGGAAAGAGCCAUGACUUCUUUGAGGAAACCAAUGCCCCCCAUUAUGAAGGGGCUGCCGCUGCUACCACUACUGCUGCUGCUGGCACUAUGCCCAGCCGGAAACUGCCAAAUUUGCGGUCCCCCGGCGGUGCCGCUGAAUGCCAAAGUGCGAACCGUGACGGCCGACACCGGGAUUGCGGAGGCGCACUACGAGUGCGAUGCUGGCUACGAGCUGUUCGGCCCCGCGUCGGUCAAGUGCGACGCCCGCAAGGGCUGGGAGCGGGAUCUGCCCUUCUGUGGCGUCAAUGUGGCCUACCGCAAGCCAGUUAACCAGAGCUCCUACACGCGCAGCGGUCCUGCCAGCUAUGCGAAUGACGGCAAGCCUGGGAACAAGAAUCCCGAUGGACAGGAGUGCUCGGAAACACAAAAGGAGCCCUCGCCCUGGUGGCGUGUCGAUCUCCUCACUCCGCAGGCGGUGCACGUGGUCAGGAUAACGACGCGCGGCUGCUGUGGCCACCAACCGCUGCAGGACCUGGAGAUCCGUGUGGGCAACAGCAGCGCCGAUCUACAGCGCAAUCCGCUGUGCGCCUGGUAUCCGGGCACCCUCGACGAGGGCGUAGUGAAGACCUUCACCUGCGCCCGUCCCCUGGUCGGCCAGUAUGUGGCCAUACAGCUGGUUGGCGUCGAGGGCAGCCUCAGCCUGUGCGAGGUGGAGACAUUUACCAACGACGAGUUCUCCGUGGACCGAUGCCUGAGUCCCAAGAUCGGGGUGGAGACCGUGGUGACAACAUUCUCCAAAACCUGCUAUGACUUUCAUAUCACAAAAGGAGAAAGCUUCGACAAUGCCCAGACCAUUUGCAAGCAAACGGGCGGCGACUUGGUCCAUGACUUUCGAGGCGCCACCAGCCAGUACAUCCUGUCGGAGCUGGAGCGUCGCAAGACCGAGCUGAAGCCGCAGCUUGUUUGGAUCGGGGCCCAGAAGGAGCCGGGCAUCACCUCUCGCACCUGGAAGUGGGUCAACGGAGACGUAGUACAAAAGCCCACCUGGGGCAAGGACCAGCCCAACAAUUACAACGGCGAACAGAACUGCGUGGUCCUCGAUGGCGGUCGCAACUGGCUGUGGAACGACGUGGGCUGCAACCUGGACUAUCUGCACUUUAUCUGUCAGCACUCUCCAUUGUCUUGCGGGUCGCCCGAUGCCCAGCAAAACACCACUGUCAUGGGCAAGAAGUUCACUCUGGGCGAGAAGAUCCAAUACGACUGCCCCAAGGGCCAUUCGCUGCUCGGUCAGGCGGAACGUGAAUGCAAACCUGACGGCACCUGGAGCGGAUCUUCACCGACCUGCAAAUAUGUGGACUGCGGCAACCUGCCCGAGCUCAAGUUUGGGUCGAUUCACCUCUCUGAGAAGCGGACCAGCUUUGGUGUGGUGGCCACGUACAGCUGCCACGAGAACUACACACUGAUCGGCAACGAGAACCGCACCUGCGCCGUGGAUGGCUGGAGCGGCAAGCAGCCUGAGUGCCUGGUGGACUGGUGUCCAGAUCCGCUGCGGAUUACUGGUGGAAAUGUGCGCUUCAGUGACAAGCGAGCCGGCUCCACCGCGACCUAUGUGUGCGAGCCGGGCUACGUGCUCGUCGGCGAAGCGGUAAUCUCGUGUGGUUUGGGUGGCGAGUGGUCCAGCAAGACGCCUUCAUGCAGAUUCGUUGAUUGCGGUGCGCCGGCACGACCCGAUCGCGGUAUUUCCAUCCUGCUGAAUGGCACCACCACCGUUGAUUCGGUGGUCAAGUACGAGUGCGAUGAGGAUCACUGGUUGGACGGUCCCGCAGAGCUGUACUGCACCCGGGAUGGCAAGUGGUCGGGCGAAGCGCCCGUCUGUGAGCUGGUCACCUGCGAAACGCCAGCGGUGCCGGCCGGCUCUUUUGUCAUUGGCUAUGACUACAAUGUGCACUCGAAGAUUCAGUAUAACUGCGAUCCAGGACAUAUCAUGCAUGGCACGUCAGUGCUCGAGUGUCUGGACAGCGGGGAGUGGAGCUCAGAUGCUCCUUACUGCGAGUACAUCGAUUGCGGUCAGAUCCUGCCCAUCCCCUAUGGCAGUCACAAGUACGUGACCAACACCACCUACGUGGGUUCUGAGGUGGUCUUUACCUGCUCCCAGUCCCACAAGCUCAGCGGUGUGGUGAAGCGCCAGUGCCUGGAAUCGGCUGUCUGGAGCGAUGUCUCACCGAAGUGUGAAGAGAUUCGUUGUCCGGAGCCGAAGCUGGCCGCCCACAGUCUGCUGUCCGUCACGGGCAAUGACCGCAUGUACGGACGUACCCUUAUCCGUACCGCCGAGUCAACCCAGAACACUGCCCAGACCUACAAGAUCGGUGCCUUGGCCAAGUACCGAUGCGAACGUGGCUACAAGAUGGUGGGCGAGGCUCUGGCCACCUGCAUGGACAGUGGUCAGUGGAGCGGAGUGAUUCCAGAGUGUGUCUAUGUGGAGUGCGGUGGGCCCGAGAACAUCACCAAUGGCAAGGUGACCCUGGCCACCAAUGCCACCUAUUAUGGCGCCGCUGUUCUCUACGAAUGCAACGCCAACUUCAAGCUGAAUGGAGUCUCGCGCCGCUUGUGCACAGAGCACGGCAACUGGAGCCACGAGACGCCCGAGUGCGUGGAGGUGGUGUGCGACAUGCCCAACAUCAGUGACAACCUAAUCGUUGAGGCCGGCAGCAGAGCCGUCGGCUCAGUGGUCACCUUCAAGUGCGCCAAGGGUCGGAUCAUGAUGGGCAACGAUACGCGCAUCUGCCAGAAGAACGGCAAAUGGGCGGGCAAGAGUCCUACAUGCAGACCUGUCGAUUGCGGACGACCGCUGGCUAUCGAUAACGGACGCGUGAUCGUUGUCAACGACUCAACGCUGUAUGGUGGCUCGGCGGAGUACCACUGCAUUCCCAACUACAACCGGAUAGGACAGUAUCUGCGCAAGUGCACCGAAGACGGGGCCUGGUCCGGUAAGCAGCCGCACUGCGAACUGGCCACAGUGGAGGGCCACGAGAGCUCACGGUUGGGCACAGGCGUUGGGAUUGGGGCCACGAUCAUUGUAGCCAUGCUGGUUAUCUUUGGCUUGAUCUUCCUGUAUCGCAAUAAGGCGCGGCCUGUCAAGAACACCGAGAAUGUGCAGGCGGCGGAAACGAAGGACGAACGAAAUGCCGCAGUCAUGUCAUACUCCACACUGGAAGCAAACAACCGGAUGCACAUGGACAACAAUAAUCCCUCAGCGACAUUCAACACGUUCCAGGGUGGAGCGGGACGGAAUGGAGGUGGGGGAAGUGCCGGAGCAGGCGGAGGCGCCGAAAGGAUGAACAAUAAUCGUUCGGAGAACAUCUAUGACCAGAUACCGAACGAGCAGUUCUAUGACGCUCCUUACGAGAUGCGGACCAACGACGAGGUGUACGAGCCGGAGCCGGUGGCCAGUAAUGUCAUCACCAUUAACGGAAUUUCCGUGAGAUAGGUGGCGUGAGAUGUUGUUUACGUUAGUUUUGUGUUAAUAAAUCCUGUACAUAGUAAUCGUUUAAGGAAGGGAUGUGUGAGGAGAGUUACUUGUAGCUAAGCCUAGGGCCAUGGACACAGGGCCAUCCAUAUCGCAUUAACGUUAACCCUAUAUAUAUAUACUUACCAUAUCUAUUACCUAUGUGUAUCCGUACGUACUGAAGCAGGACCUGUCUGUGCGCAGGAGGAACCCCGCCCCGAUACCGAUCCUGAUGACUCCCAGCUCCUAUUCUUACUCGUAUUUUUUUCGUGUGUUGCUUAAAUUAUUUUAAAUAUGUAGAAUGUUAAUCAGAGUGUACAAUGUUUGUUAUGCAAUGUGUAAGAGCUCGCCGAGUGUGUGUAAAUUAAACAAAAUGUGGUUAACUUAAA